AUGAGCGAUGCAAGCCCGCCUGCCAAACGCAUGAAGGGCUCUAUGGCAUUUCGGCUCAAUGCGAAAACACCAACACGUACACCGGACCCAAACUCGCCGGCAAUGCGCGCCCUGGCCGCUGCAAAUGGUGCUAGCCCACGACCCCCGGGGACCCAGUUACUGAGACACACCAUACCGUCUAGUCCACCCCGGCCAAGAACUGCGGAUUUUUCGCGUGGUGGCAACGACACGCUUCCUCAGAAUUCCUAUUCGAAUCUAUCGGGGCUGUCCUCUGCGAAUACAUCCAGGCUCGCACGAGCCAACAAAUCAAGAUCUUCACGAAAUGUUUCUAAAAUUCGUGACUCUUCUCAUCUUACGCCCGCUGACCAUCUUGCGGAAAGCAGCAAUUUGCAUUUCAGCCUUCUUGACAAGGUCCUGCCCAUCAGCGAUGCCAGCAGCAUUCUGUCUGAGGAUAGCGCGCCAGAAAGCACAGCCCACUCAGAACAAUUGCACACCCAGCAAGCUAGAGCCAUGAGAGGCUAUAAUGCGGGCGAUGUAUCAAUGGAGGCACUUGGCUACACGUUUCGGGCAAAGACCCGCUUGAGCAGACAUUACAUACAAGAUGUGAACUCCAAGCUCGAUUCGCAUGAAAAGCUCACGCAAGUUCUCAUUUGGUCGUUGGACAGGCGUGUGAGGCAUUCUCAAAGAAAGAACAAUCUAGCCCCAUCUGCUGCUAAAGAGCUGGCCAUGGUUACGCUGUCGAAAUUACUGGUACGCCUGCAAACCAAAGAAUUGAAGCUAGACUGGUCAGAUAGGCCCAAGGAUGAGCCAUUGCCGCCACCGAUGCGGGGACGUUUGAACACUUUAAAUGAGCGGACACUUCAGGGGUUUAUUACCUACAGAAAAGCUCUGGAGGCCGAAUAUGCUGAAUGGCCCAAAGUCAUUGCCGCCUACGAACAAGCGAUCUCGGAGGCCAAACAGUUGCAUUUGGCAACGCCCGAGCCGCGAGACCCGCCCCGCGAACUGAGCGCGGCCGAGCAAGAGAUUGUUAAAGCGGCAGAUCGAAUGCUGGCAAACCAGACAGUGCCCGCAAAGGUAUCUGAAGCAGCACUGGCUCGAGAUGCUGCCCUAGAGGCUGUGGACUCGUGUCGUGAGCGGGCUCAGGCCCAAGACACAACGUCUCUUCUCAAGGCAUUAACUCGAGAACGAUAA